UGUUUACAUACAAGCAGCUCGCACUGCGCAGCUCUAGCCAGCAACAGGCAACAUUACGAAAAUUCUCCAAAAAAAUGGAGGCCAUCGUACCAAAUCUAAACGAAAUUUGUCGGCUAUGCCUGUGCGAGGACAUAAGGUUUCUCAUUCCCGCCUCAAAAUUGCUCGACGAUUCCCUUUCCCUGAAGCACAUUGAACGGUUCACCGGUAUUCGGAUUCCUCCGAACGACUGUGAAUUGUAUGCGCUCUGCAUGGAAUGUGGCAACAAGCUGACCACCAGCGUGGCGUUUCUUGUCUGCUGCAAAAACAACGAUACCGUGUUUAGGAAUCUGUUCGAUCUGCCUGCUCUGGACGCCGCGGGGGAGGAUCGAAUAUUGGUCGAUUUUUCGACCGAAGUCAAACAGUCUCCGGAGAUCGAAGUAUUAGAGGAAGCAUACACAGAGCCAGAGGUGCAAGAGACCCAGGAGGUCCAAGAACUCCCUCAUAAUACAACAACAACGGCAUGUACAAAGCCACCGGAUGCGACGGAGGACCAUCGAGUAUCUUCCAAUUUUUCAUCUCGGUUCAAAAAGUCUCCGGGGAUCGUAGUAUUACAGGAGCCAUGCACUGAGUUAGAGGCGAAAGAGACCCGCACGGUGCAAAGCCUCUCUCAUAAUACAACAUCAACAUGUACAGAGCCACCAUCAGCAGCGGGCGAAUUUACCAUCGAUCCGAACGAUUUCAUAAUCGAAUCGCUAGACAGCAUGAUAGACGACGUAAUUGUUCACCACGAUGGAGGAGCGGAGAGUUUGGACGGCAUUGAGCACGCGGUGGUGGAAGACGAACCACUGGACGAUGCGGGAGUGUAUUGCGACGAAACUUCAUCUUCCGACCAGCACGAUGAACGAUCGGCGAAACAGGAACUAUCUGCAAGCCUCUCUAGCGCAUCUCAAAUCGAACGGAAACCACCGCUCAACAUCCCCACCGACACUGCGUUGGAAUGUUCGGCUUGUGAGAUUAAGUUCGUCGACGAAAUUACCUUCAAGCGGCAUUACCGGCGGUACCACGUGAGCGAGUUGCAGAAAAGUCGCGAGCACCGCAAGAAACGGCAGCUGUGCGUCGAAUGCGGCAAGAUGGUGCUGCAGCUCUCCGCCCACCGGUUAACCCACACGCAGGAGAAACAGUUUUCCUGCCCCCACUGUCCGAUGAAGAUGAAAAGCAAGGGCAACAUAUGCCGGCACAUCGAGGCGGUGCACUUGAAGAAGCCGGCGAAAACGUGCGAAACGUGUGGGAGAGAGUUUGUGCACGCCAACAUGUACAAGUACCAUAUGCUUUCCGUUCACGGCAUUGGCAAGGCGUACGAGUGUGCUAUUUGUUUGAAAAAGUUCAAUGCACUUUCGUCGCUCAAAUCACACAAACAAACAGCGCACGAGAAAAGGUCGGCCUUUGAAUGCGAAACGUGCGGAAAGAAGUUUAAACGCAGACAUACCCUUCAAAUGCACAUUAAACAAGGACAUUCUAACGACAAGUUGUACAGUUGUAGCCUGUGCCCGAAACGGCUCAAAACGUUGCUUGGUAAGCAAGCGCACGAGCUGGCACACAGUGGAGCGGUGUUUGCCUGCACGCUGUGCGACAAAGUGUUCCGGUACAAAUGUUUACUGCAAGGGCACGUCAGUCAGGAUCACGUAAAAGCGGAAGGCAGGGAAAAGCUUCAAAAAGAGCUUACUAAUUGAACGAGAAAUGAUUAACAAACACCAAGCAGUUUCUUUACGCUAUGAUUAGUGGAUAUACUUGAGGAAUAUUUGAACAAUGUCAACAUGUUGAGCCUUCCCUGAAUGUUGCGCCUUUCCUAUAUGAUCCAAAAAGCAAACACGUAUUUGUCGUUAGGAUUAGCUAAUAAUUAGAGUUUGAUAAUUAGCGAUAGAACCUGAAUAACGAUAACGAUACAAAAUAUUAUUUAAAAUUAUUAAAUAGGAAGAAAAUGUGAUGUAUUCUGUUGCACCAUAAUGUGGCCAUACAAAAGAAACCCAUACAAAUAAAUGGCAUUUAGCUGAA